AUGGGCUUCAUGGGUAACAGCAGCGGCGACGAAAACUUGACCACCGAAGACCCGUACGUGCGGCCCUCCCUCGAGAGAGCCAUCGUCGAGCUGUCGGACACCUGCCACCGGCUGCUGUCGUUCAAGGCGAUGUGGGACUGCAUCGCGGACGACGCUUUGGGUCAGCAUGUGUGGCACUACCCGGUCUUCAAGAUGUACCGCGGACUUGGCAACCUCACCCUGCUCGUGUACAUGUGGGGGGUCAACAUAUGGGUAAGCGAGAGAGAGAUACACCAAGAGAGACACACGCAGAGAAAGAGAGAGGGGGACAGAGACAGAAGGAGGGACAGCGAUAGCCCCUGUGACAGAGGCAGAGAAGGGAAGUAGAUGAACUUGUUGUCACACUCCAUUUUUUCGUGAUGGUACGACUUGGAACAGGGCGAGGCAAUCGUGUCUUUUGCGGUCCUGCUUGCACCAUGUGUUCGUGCUCUCCGUGUCGCGUCACGAGCCAAUCUUAAGGGUGAAACACGUCGGGUUAGACACUCUUUGCGAUGUGUACGUGGUCUGCGU